AUGAAGGAUCUCUUUUUGAUUUUUAUACUCACCCUUUUGGGUAGCAUGGGUGUUCUCGCUGCUCCCGUUGAGCAAUACACUAAGCAAAACCCCAAGAGCCUUUUCUCAAGCUGGAUGUCAAACCUCCAUGUGGACCAAACCCACUCAAGACACCACAACUCUUCACGUUCAACUUCUCAUGGGUCCCAUCAAGUCUCUGUCAGCACUCACAAGGCUGAUAAGAACGAUAUCAGGACUAAAACCGAGACUCAAAUCAUUACCGAAGAUUGUUCAGCUACCGACGAUGGGGUUCGCACCACGGUCGUUGAGAUGGUUCCCACUACCAGGGUACUCGUGGUUACACCAUCAUACAUCAAGACCAAGACCGUGAUAGAGACUGUUUUGUAUGAUGUCACAAAGCCUGCUUCGUCAACCAGAUCGCACAGGCCUACGAAACACACUUUGACUGAGACCGUUAUCUCGUCCUCGCCAACCACUUCGAGAUCCUCCAAGAAGCACACGAGAUCGAAAUCUUCGAAAACGCAUACCAGAUCGUCCAAGACUACUGAGUCAGCUGUUCCAUCGCAUUCCGUAUCCUCUUUUUACUCUUCGAAGAAGGAGGUCGUCGUCACCACGAGCGAGGUGGUCGAAGUGGUCACUGUUGGCUACACAGAGGUGUCUACAACUAUGACUCUCACCGAGGGUGAUAGCAGGCUUUCGAGCACGACUCCCGCGGCUUCCACCAAGGUUACUGGUUCUCUUCACUGGCCACCUUACCUCACGGAUCUCUCGAAGUACGCGCACAAUACACCUGAACCCCAACCCACCGAUGCUGUUGUUGGAGAUCUGAACAACACAUCAUCUUUCUCUACAUCAAUCAGGACGAUUCACCACAACAAAACUUCAAAGUCUCUGACCAUGCCUGAUCGAAAUUGGCUCAUCACACUUCCUGCUGCGUUGCCUGCUGCAAGCCAAGGUGCCAAUGACAUUGUCGAGAACCUCUCUGCCAGAGAUGAUGACGAUGACGAUCCCGACCACGACUACAAGAAGUACCGCAAACCCGACAAGGCUAUGAGCAAGAGAAUGAGCCGAUGGAGCAAGCACCACAGCAAAUCCAUGGAGAAACAAAGUGACUACAAGCAGGAGGCUCAGGCCAAGUCUCGUAGCUUAUCCGCCAAGAGCGCCGACAAGGCUCACAGCAAGUCGAUCGAGAACGCUAAAAAAGCCUCGAAGAAGCACCACGAUGGUGACGAUGACCAAGUUGCCUCGGUUGGACUAGAUGCCAGGGAAGUGUCAAUGGCAGCUCCUGCAACAACAUACGUCGAGGUUACCGUCACGACUACUGUGUUGCCUACCCAGAACGGAACGUAUUCGAUCUCGUACAGAACAGUCCAUGCCAGCAGGACUGGUAGUGCGGACAGAAUCUCGACCAGCAAGGCCUCCAAGACCCACUCCAAGGCUUCUUCCAAGGCCCACGAAUCCUGGAGAACAGUUUGUGCAGGUCUGGACUGUUUGCGGGUACCAGCUCUUCCCAAGACUACCCAUGAAGCUGAGGAUGCAACAAUGAGUUCCACGAUCGCUGAACAAUACCCUACUGAGGAACCAAUGUGGCACUGCAUGAUACCCAAUUGUCACUCAAGACUUCGCUCAGCUGAUGUGGCCAGCACCGUCAAGCCAUGGACGCCCAAGGUAUCGCCCAUCUUGACUGAUAGCAAUGUGUGCCAAAAGGACAUCGUGCAGGUGGCUAUGAAACUGCACAGUACCACCACGAAACAGAAUCUUGCCAUAUUCGGACUUGUGGUCGGCGCCUACGUGUAG